CAGGAAAUUUGCUGAAGGCAAAUGUGCGGAAAGAGGGUGAAAUUUACUAGACUCACUUCUAUGAACACAUUAAUUAAAUCUUAACAACAUCUCAACAAGAAGAGUAACAGCAAUUUGUCAUCAUGGAUGAAACAUAUACAGAGAGCAUGAAUACAACAACAUUUGAUUACUACGAAGCAGACGCCUGCUCGACUAAUGGUUCACAGCUGAAUCCAGAUCUCAAGGCUGCCAUUUUCUACAUGGUUUUUGGACUUGGCCUUAUUGGCAACAUCACCAUCUUAUGGGUCCUCUUGAAAAUCAUGCAUGUGAAAAAUAUGACAAAUCUCUGCCUGCUGAAUCUGGCUCUGUCAGACCUACUAAUGGUCCUCUCACUGCCCUGCUGGGGUCUCUAUGUUCAGGGCCACUACUUAAAAGCCAAUGAAAUGUGUAAAGCAAUGGCAGGUACAUACCAAGUGGGAUUUUACAGCGGAAUCUUGUUUGUUACCCUGAUGAGCGUGGAUCGGUACUUGGUCAUCGUACAUGCUGUUGCAGUGCUGGGAGCGAAGAUGCUGCGUUACGGAAUUAUAGUUAGUCUCAUUAUUUGGAUUGUUUCAAUCUGUGCUGCCCUUCCAGAGGCCAUCUUUGCAUCAAUGGUCACAGAGGACAGUAUCACCAGCUGUCAGAGAGUUUAUCCUGCUGGGUCAGCCCAAAGGUGGAAGCUCUUCCGUAACUUUGGUGAAAAUACAGUAGGACUGUUCAUCUCUUUGCCCACUUUAACCUACUGCUACUUCAGGGUCCUAAUGGUUGUGAAAAACACAAAAAACUCAAAAAAGGAACGGGCCAUAAAGCUCAUCUUAGGCAUUGUCAUCGUGUUUGUGGUCUUCUGGGUGCCCUACAAUGUGGUGGUGUUUCUGAAAACCUUGCAGGAGUUUGGCAUUCUUACUAGCUGUAAGGUUUAUCUUCAUAUCAACAUGGCCAUGGACUUGACAGAGACAAUCGCACUAACUCACUGCUGUGUAAAUCCGGUCAUUUAUGCUUUUGUUGGAGAAAAGUUUAGGAAAUGCCUAGCAAGUAUGUUUUCAAGAUAUCUUGUGUGUGUGAAGACCUACCAAUUGACAUCUACACAAUACAAAAUUUCAGAGAAUGAAACUUCCAACACAGCAAUUAUUUUUACAUCUACCAAAAGUACACAAGUUUAGACGGGACACGCAGCAUUUUUUAUUAUUCUUAAUUUUUGUAAAUAUUGUGGUUAUCAUUUAAAAUGUUCAUACAUUGAAACAUAUACAGUAAUGCAUAUUUUGUGGUUAUAUCAUAUCAAUUAUACUACCUCAAUUAGUGAAACCAAAUGUCAUUGUUAAAAAAGAACCGUCAUAUAUGUAUAUAUUAAAUCAUACAAAGAUAUAUAUAUAUUUAAAAAAUCCUGCUUAAGGUUGGUGGGGCAAGAGAUGCUUUCUGCAGUCUAGUGUUUAUUAUUAAAUUAGUGUCUUUAACACAGGUGUAAAAAUUAACCGAUGCAUUAAAUUUAAUGAAGUAUUAAAGCUGCGGUAGGUAACUUUUGACGCUCUAGCGGUUAAUAAACAGAACUGCUUGCGUCUUGCGGAAGAACAUCGUAGCCGGAACUACUUCUCUCUGUUUAUGUCUAUGAAGAAUCACAAAGGUACUGGGUUACUCCGCCGCGGUACCCCCGAAGCAAUCUAAAAUAGUCUGAAUAUAAACACUUAUUAUAGGUGCAACCUAGUGAUUCAGGAAAAGCUAAAAACACGGUUUGGGAAAAUGGAUUCAUGGUGUACUCGCUUAUUAUAUACAUUUUUCUACAUUUUGAACACAAAGUGUUCGGACCGCAGCUCUGAUUGGUUGUUUCUUACCGGGAGCGGAUGACUUUCUGCAAAUGGCAAUAGGACCACUGGGAGGAGCCAGAGGAGCUUGAUUUUUUUCACAAAUUAUCUGUCUCAUAUUCUACUGUCAGGACAUAAUGACAGGUUUAACAAAUAUGUAAAAAAUAUAUUUUCACAAAAGUUACCUACUGCAGCUUUAAGUGGUCUAAUAUUGAUAAUAUAUCUGUUUCUUAAUAUCUCUGAGGCCUCAUCACAUGACCUGCUUAAAAAAAACAUCACUGGUUCCAUAUAAUUGUUAUUAACCACAGGAAUAGAAAUAAACAUCCUUAACCACAGACACUUCAAAGGCAAAACCAAACAAAAAACAUUGUCCAAUCACAUGGACUAAAAGAGUGUGUGUAAGUGCAGUAUUGAUAUAUGGAUGAACUUUACUUUGAAUGUAUUCUUUACUGGACUGAUGUCUGUGAAUAUUGUAUAUUCUUAAUGUCUAUUAAAUUUUAUGCCUAAACUACUUAUUUUGAAUGCACUGAUAUUUAUAUCAAGAUGUUUAUCAAUAUGUAAAUAAACAAAUAAAUAAAACUAUUGUACAAACCCGAUUCCAAAAAAGUUUGGACACUGUACAAAUAGUGUGUAAAAAAGGAAUGGAAUAAUUUACAAAUCUCAUAAACUUAUAUUUUAUUCACAAUUUAGUAUAGAUAGCAUAUCAAAUGUUGAAAGUGAGACAUUUUGAAAUGUCAUGCCAAAUAUUGGCUCAUUUUGGAUUUCAUGAGACCUACACAUUCCAAAAAAGCUGGGAAAGGUAGCAAUAAGUGUUAUGAGUCGGUCAUGAGUCUGGUAUCCUCCUUUUUUCACCCUUCUGGUUAUUCUCUUACUCUCACAGACCAACAUUCCAUGCACACGCUCAUUCACUCACCCCAAGCUGUCUCCAAUUGCUAGCUGUUGUUGCAGUUACCCUCUCGCACCUGCUCUCUCUUUCUCCUUAUUAUGCUUGCUACUUCUAGCCUCUCCUUUUCCUGUUUCGUUGCCAGAUUAUUUAUUUCGGUAUGCUUGCAGUUGGCAGUUUCCUGACUAUCCGUUCCUGUCUUGUCCGAAUCCUGUCCCGAACCAUUCAAGUCUCGUAAGUCAUCCAACCUGGCUCAGGUCUAUCGCUAUCUAUUCUACUCUAAUGUUUGCUCUAUACUCUGUCCAGCCUGCAUGCUCCUCUGUUAUCAGUUUGAAGAAGCAUUUUCGUUUGGACUGUUAUCUCUCACUAUUAAAGAGACAAUUAUUGCAUUUCGCUUUUGGGUCUAAUCUUUAUUCAUAACAAUAAGAGGCCUGAAAAGUUAAAUGUACAUAUAAGGAACAUCUGGAGGACCAAUUUGCAAGUUAUUAGGUCAAUUGGCAACAUGAUUGGGUAUAAAAAGAGCCUCUCAGGGUGGCAGUGUCUCAGAAGUCAAGAUGGGCAGAGGAUCACCAACUCCCCCAAUGCUGCGGCGAAAUAGUGGAGCAAUAUCAGAAAGGAGUUUCCCAGAGAAAAAUUGCAGAGAGUUUGAAGUUAUCAUCAUCUACAGUGCAUAAUAUCAUCCAAAGAUUCAGAAAAUCUGGAACAAUCUCUGUGAGCAAGGUUCAAGGCCGAAAACCAUACUAAAUGCCCCGAUCUUCAGGCCCUUAGAUGACACUGUAAUGGAAAUCACAACAUGGGCUCUGGAAUAUUUCCAGAAAACAUUGUCGGUGAACACAAUCCACCAUGCCAUUCGCCAUUGCCGGCUAAAACUCUAUAGGUCAAAAAAGAAACCAUAUCUAAACAUGAUCCAGAAGCCCAGAUGUUUUCUUUGAGCCAAAGCUCAUUUAAAAUGGACUGUGGUUAAGUGGAAAACUGUUCUAUGGUCAGACGAAUCAAAAUUUGAAGUUCUUUUUGGAAAACUGGUAUGCAAUGUCAUCCGGACUAAAGAGGAAAAGAAAACCCAAGUUGUUAUUAACAUAUGCUCCCAUCUAGAUGUCAUUUCUUUCAUGGAAGACCUUGCAUUUUCCAACAUGACAAUGCCAGACCACAUACUGCAUCAAUUACAACAUCAUGGAUGCGUAGAAGAAGGAUCCAGGUACUGAAAUGGCCAGCCUGCAGUCCAGAUCUUUCACCCAUAGAAAACAUUUGGCGCAUCAUAAAGAGGAAGAUAUGACAAAGAAGACCUAAGCCUGUAUUAGACAAGAAUGGGACAACAUUCCUUUUCCUAAACUUGAGCCACUUGUGUCUUCAGUCCCCAUAUGUAUGCAGACUGUUAUAAAAAGAAGAGGGGAUGCCACACGUGUUGAUGCCAUGAAAUUUAAAAUCUACUUAUUUUUCCCUUAAAAUUAUACAUUUUGUCAGUUUAAACAUUUGAUAUGUAAUCUAUGUUGUAUUCUUUAAAAAAAAAAAAAAAAAAGAAAAAGAAAAAAAUCCACAUCAUUGCAUUCUGUUUUCAUUCACAAUUUGUACAGUAUCCCAACUUUUUUGAAAUCGGGUUUGUAUAUUAUAAUGCUAUUGCGUACCACAGGAGCCCUCCCUGAUACAUUAUGCACUGCAUGCGAAUGCUUACUUUAGUUUUAAAUCAUAGAAAAAAAAAUCUAGUACCAACACUUUCUCUGUAGCCUCACAAAAUACUGAAUUAUAACAUUUUACACAUGUACAUGCAGAAAAUAUCCAAAUUAAGUGACAUAUUGCAUAACAAUAUUUGUAAUGAUAUUGCACAUAUGGCAUAAUUUUUGGACAAUGGAAUUUUAGAUUUGAUUUUUAGAGACAUUUUAUUACUUUUAUGGGUUGUAUUUGCACACUAUUUUUCAUAUACACUGUCAACAAUGAUUGUACCUUUAGGGGUCACUAGGGCAGUAUCCUCAAAGGGAAACUUUUGUACCUUAUUUACCCCUAAAGGGUGCAUAUUAGCUCCUUACAGUAGUAAUGUGUGUAUUCUUAUGGUAUUAUUAUGAACACUAGGGGUAAAGGUGGUAAAAAGUUGUCCCGUUUGAGGGUGCUCUGACAGGAUGAGGUACAGUACCCUGUCACAAUCACUUGGGGAAGGAACAAGGAGAUGCAGGAGAAUACUUUGAGACUUUAAUCCAACAAGCAAAGGUAUAUUACACAGGAACUCAAGGAAGACAUUUAACACUGGACACAGACUCAGUGAAACAUAGGGCUUAAGUAAACAAGGAAACUAAUAAUGGGAACACCUGGAAAUAAUGAACAUGCCAACAUGAGGGACAACACAGCUGGAACCAAAUAAACAUAAUGAGGACAGGAACAGGAAACAUGAACAAACAUGGGAAACUGGAACUAAAGUAAGACAGUAAAACAAGGAAACACAAGUCCACAACAAUGACAUACCACUAAAGGUACUUUUUUGUUUUUCUGAGUGUACUGCAUAAUAUACACACAGUCUUUUUAUUUUUUAUUUUUGUCAAAUACCUGAAUGAUGAAGAAAAAUAAAAACAUACUAA